UCGUCGUCUUAUCACAAUUGUAAGAAUGAGAGGAACAGAAAGCAUAGUUGGAUCAGUAGAAAAAGAAACAGACAGGCCUUUUCUUUUUUUUAUCGUCUGCCAAAGUCCUGAAGAAGGCACCACCUAAUUACAACAAUGGCUAGUUUGGUUGCAGUUCAGCACAAACAACCUUCUUUUGCUGUCCUCCCUUCUUCCCAUUCUGACUUCAAUGGUGCCAAAUUGAUCUCCUCUCUUCAGUUUAAGAGGAAACCAUGCCAGCCAAAAGGAGCACUGCAUGUUACAGCAUCAAGUGCCAAGAAAAUCCUUAUAAUGGGAGGCACUCGAUUUAUUGGUGUCUUUCUAUCCAGACUUCUUGUAAAAGAAGGCCACCAGGUUACUCUGUUCACAAGAGGAAAAGCUCCGAUCUCUCAACAAUUACCAGGUGAAUCAGACCAGGAUUAUGCUGAUUUUUCCUCCAAGUUAUUGCACUUGAAGGGUGACAGAAUGGAUUUCGAUUUUGUGAAGAGCAGUCUUUCUGCAGAGGGCUUUGAUGUUGUGUAUGACAUAAAUGGACGUGAAGCAGUAGAAGUGGAACCAAUAUUGGAUGCAUUACCUAAUCUAGAACAGUACAUAUACUGCUCUUCAGCUGGUGUAUACCUCAAAACUGAUUAUUUACCACAUUUUGAGGCUGACGCAGUUGACCCAAAGAGCAGGCAUAAAGGAAAGCUUGAGACAGAGAGCUUGUUAGAAUCACGAGAUGUUAAUUGGACUUCUGUAAGGCCUGUUUAUAUUUAUGGGCCACUUAACUAUAAUCCAGUUGAAGAGUGGUUCUUCCACCGAUUGAAAGCUGGUCGCCCAAUUCCAAUUCCUAACUCAGGGCUGCAAAUAACUCAACUUGGACAUGUGAAGGAUCUUGCAACGGCUUUUAUUCAGGUUCUUGGAAAUGAGAAAGCAAGCAAGCAAGUAUUUAACAUAUCUGGAGAGAAAUAUGUCACGUUCGAUGGAUUGGCUAAGGCUUGCGCCAAGGCUGGCGGCUUCCCUGAACCCGAGAUUGUUCACUACAACCCUAAGGAGUUUGACUUUGGCAAGAAGAAAGCGUUCCCAUUCCGUGACCAGCAUUUCUUUGCAUCGGUCGAAAAGGCAAAGGCUGUGCUAGGUUGGAAGCCGGAAUUCGACCUGGUGGAAGGUUUGACAGACUCUUACAACCUAGAUUUUGGUAGAGGAACUUACAGGAAAGAAGCUGAUUUCUCUACAGAUGAUCUCAUUCUUGGAAAGAGUCUAGUUUUGAACUAGGACUGCUUUUCCACCAACAAGUUCACAAGUUUUUAGUGGCCAAAUUCACUUGAAACUAUCUGAGAAUUUCCUUGUAUAUUAACUUCACUGAGAUGAAAUGAAUAAGAAAGUAUUCUCAUUUUGCCUUCAAUA